AUGACCCUGAUCGACCGACUUCUUCAUUCCAUCUAUGGGCUCCCUACCCCGACUAGCGGUGCACGCAAAGAGCCAAUGCAGGUGUUGGCCGUCGGGAUCUCACGAAGCGGAACCGAUAGCCUCCGCGAGGCAUUACAUAUCUUAGGAUUUAACCAUACACACCAUGCCCCAGAAGCUGACGGGUCCAAAAAGUUGACAGCGAAAAAUUUCGACUCAAUUCUACUGAACAGCGUGGGUGUCAGCGAUUUAUUCGCGGCAGAAUUCGCGGCCGAACUCAUCGAAGCCUACCCCAACGCGAAAGUCAUUCUCAAUGUCCGCAAGGAUCUUGACAGCUGGUAUCGUAGCAUGCAAAGCACGAUGGGAUAUUUCGACAGAAAUCCUAUUGAUUGGGAUUGGUGCAAAUCUUGGUUCAGCGCAGAUCUUUUCUGGAUCCGCCAAACAAUGUCGAGGACCAUGAUGCCCCGGUUCUUCAGAGGGAGUUUCCAAUCGAACGGGAAGUGGGUUUAUGAGCAGCAUGUUGCAAUGGUCAGAGGCCUAGGUUUACCGGAGGAUCGGCUUCUCGAGUGGUCUGUUGAAGACGGCUGGGAGCCUCUUUGUCGGUUCCUGAGCAAGCCAGUGCCCGACAUUCCGUUUCCCAAUGGUAAUCCUCCAAAGGCAUGGGCGGAACGAAUUGCCAAGACAAUGGAGGCUCAUCAUAGGCGAGCAAAAUGGAGGGUCGGCACGUCGAUUUCCCAUUUUAUCCAAGUGUCUUGGCUACUGGCAGUCGAGUACCUAUCUUUGUGUCGCUUGCGGUGA